CAUUUAUAAAAAUAUAAGAGAGUAACAAAAACAUGGUAUCAGAGCCCAAACCGAUCAACUACCCGAAUUAUUUAGUUCGCAAAGACUUGGAUAUUAGUUCAUACACCAUUGGAUAUCAGUUAGUAUCUACUAACAAAAUGACCAGUUAGCAGAUUAACCAGGUCGACUCCAAUGGCUUCCUUCACCUUCGCUAGAGCCACUCUCACUCGCUUGCCUGCUCUUCAUCAUACUACCGUACUACGCUUCCUUCUGCUACUCUUUCCACUCCACUGCUUCAGAUUCAACUGGUUCCGCUUCAGAAUUAUAGAGGCAUCAUCGCCAUCAGCAUCACUUCGCAACAAUGGCUAGUUCGGUCCCUGGACAAGAGAGACCCACGGCUCUUGCAGCUCCUGGAAGUCCCCCAAUCACGGCAGAUGUCGUAUCCGGAGCUUCCAAGCGCCUGCCGUCGACGGCCAGGGACGCUUGAUCGUGCUCGAGUCCCGUCCAAAUUGAGGAGGGAAUUCGGGGUCAGAACGACUUGGCAGGAGUAUGGAGGCGGCGUGUUUGCGGUCUCCGGGGACACUGUCAUUUCCUCCAACUACAAGGAUCAAAGGCUUUACAAGCAGUCUAUCAUCGGCCAAGAUUCUUCACCAUGUUGGAGCUAG